AUGGCUUCACGUUAUAUGGAUCUUGAACGUCGAACAUUACUUGUUCAAUUUAUAGCUGUUGAACCAUUAACAUUCUAUGCUACAUCAGAUGGUACUGACCUAGUUCAAGAUAUAUUACGAUCGAAAUUAGCACGAGCAGAUGCUGAUAUAAUUGGACAAGAAGGUUCAUUAUCAAUAGAUGACAAUGGAGAAUUUCUUACAUUUGAACCAAGUGAUACAAAAAAUCGAACAUUACAUUUACCUAUUGAACAUUUAGCUUAUUGUGGUGCUUUAAGACGCAUGAAACGUGAUUCUUCUGAUCAACGUAAUCCUGAUCAAAUUCUUCGACGAGACUUUGAAAAUGUUGAUUUAGCUAAUCGUUAUGCUCAACAUAUUAUUGGUCCACCUAUAUUCGUUUCUGUAUUUCAUGGAUUUGAUAAUGCACUUUGUUAUAUAUUUAUAACACAAAGUUCUGAUGAUGCUUGUCUUUCCGUUAUGAAACUUAUGCGUGCAUUCAAAUACUUCGAACAACAACAAUUAGAACAACAAGGACAAGCUGAUCAAGGUUGUUCAUCAAGCGUACCUAUCAAUAAUGGAGGAUCACCUUCGUCUACUGUCAUAAAACAAGGGAGCCCUUUACGUCAAUUACCACAAAUAUCGUUCACUGAUAACAAACAAGUAUUAUUAUCUCCAGCUUGUAAUCAAAUACCUCAUACAACACCGACUAUGUAUACUCAAGAUCCAUAUCAAGAUGAUUUAGUGCAAAGACUUCUUAGUAAUCCGAAUUUACAGGUUGUUAAUCAACCCUAUUCAUCAUCAGCUCAAAUUUAUAAUCAGCAUAUUGAUGGUUUACCAUUUUUAUCAGGACCAUCCCCCUCAACGCAACAGUACCCAUCUGGUGGUUCUCCUAUGUAUUCGUCUUAUAAUAAUAAUAAUAAUAUCGGUGGUUUACUAGGCAGCUCAUCAGCAGUACUUGGACGACCUUCUUCUCCUCUAUAUUCGCCUUAUAAUAAUAUUGCUGGAUUAACAGGCAGUUCGUCAGCAGUACUUGGACGACCUCCUUCUCCACCUAUUUUUGAUGUUUCUAAUGCAGGAUACAUUUCGAAUCUACCCUUAAAUAAUAAUUUUCCUCCACAAGUCAUACAUAAACCAAGCAAUCAAGACAUAACAUAUAAACAAAAUGUUAUUAUUCGGUGGUUAAAACCACCAACACCGCCACCACUAGCACCAAUCAUUGUUCGAGAAAUUCAACAGCCUCCUGAAAUUCCACCACCAAUUAUUUAUCGACAACAUCCUCCUUGUCCACCAACUCCACCACCGAUUGUCGUGCGAGAACAACCACCUCCUUGCCAAGCACCUGGUAAUCCUAUAUUUGUUGAAAAACGUCUACCACGUACUUGUUUACCACCACAAGUUGUUGUUGAACGAUGUCCAGCUCCUCCACCAAAACCACAACAAAUAAUCUAUGAAAAAUAUCUACCACAACCACCGCCACAACCUCGUCAAGUAAUAGUACAACGUGAAUGUUGUCAACCGACUUGUUGUGCAAUACCACAACAACAAGCUCCAUGUCGACGUUUAGUUAAAGAAAUUAUUCGACAAGUUCCACAACCAUGUGCACCAGCUCAACCAGCUGUCGUUUGUACUCAACAGCAACAACAACAAAUCAUUCCAGCACAGACUCAAGCUUGUCAACAAGUAGUGCCUGUAUAUGCUACUAGACGGCAUAUCGUUCAACCAAAAGGUAUUCGAGUUAUUCGACAAGUCGUCGGUCCAGCUCAAUCAUCACAAAUGGGUAUUCAACAACAACAACAAUUUGCCCAAUAUCCUUCGUCUUUUGGAGCAUCUGGUAUUCAAUCCUCACCAAUAGGUAUUCAACAACUACAACAACUACAACAACAACAACAACAACAACAACAACAAUUUUCACAAUAUCCUUCGUCUUUUGGAGCAUCUGCUAUUCAAUCAUUACCAGCAGGUUUUGUACGAUAA